GGAACAGUCAAUCUAUUUAUUUUUUCUGCUUGUUUACAUUUUUUAUUUUGAAGACAUAGGCGACUUUGAGUAAAAUUGAAAUAUAUUUAUGCUAUGGCUAGAAAUGAAGAAAAACAGCUGGCCAGAUUGAAUCGCUUUUACUUGCAAAAAGAUAAAGAAGCACAACAAAAGAAGAAUCCCCCAAGGCCUCGGCUGGAAACCUUAAACACAUCAGCUGAGAUUCAGAAGUGGUUGCCAUCCAUCAAGCGAGAUCUUAACUUCUACAUAAAACAAAGUGAAGUGACCUGUUACCCACAAAGUAAAAUCGACCAGUUUUCAAGGAAGAUAAAUGGUUUAAAAUGGGAAUACAGAGCAUUUGUGCGGAAGCUUCGUGAAUUAAACCCUGGGCUGGAAGUAACUCCAUGGACUGAUCGACCCUAUGCAGGACACAAAAGAAAAGCUGAACCAGAAAGUUCAGACGCUGCCUCUGAUCUUCUAGAUUUUACUAAAGAAGAUUACACAACUAGUAAUUUAGAAAUUUACAGCCCUGCAUCAACUAAUAUACCAAGCACUAACUGUGAAAGUUUUCCCCUUUGUGACAAACAUGUAGAAUUAAAGAAGGCAGUUAGUACUGAUACCACAACAGACAAUUCUUUGAUCAAAGAUCAUGAUUCCAGUCACAUCGAUGAAGACUCUGUACAUGUUUUUCAAUUCAUUCCUCUCAGCACACCAGUUCUUGAAAAAGACUCUUGCUACAUUUCCAUGUAUGGAUACAAUAAGCCUGCUUCUGUGAUUUUAAAUUCCAACAAGCAGUUAGAAGAUGCACCUUUAGAAUUCAGUAACAGGAAUUCCACAACAGAAAGAAGUUCAAACAAAGCUUCACAAAAUGAAGACAAACUUGAUAAUGGUGUUAGCAUACAGUGUGUGAAUGUAAAGUUACAGAAGUUAAACAGUGUUGCAGGGGAACCUGUUGAUGGAAGUUUAAUAAUUAAUUUUGAAACAGAUGAACAGGACAAACCUCUCAAAUUUGACAGUGGUAAAUCAAGGACAUGUCAGAAUAAUGGACGGUACAGUAUAAACCGAGUUGUUGAUAUUUUGGAUAGUGUUACACAUCAACACUCAGUCAUUGUAGCUUCAGAUGUCAAGGGAAGCUCUUCAUUUUUAAACCAAACACAUCUUCCUACAAAUAAUACUAAAGCAGAACAUUCAGAACUCGAAAAGAAUUGUUCUGAAGGUUCCUCAUUACUUGUUGUUCCAUAUUCCGACUCGGAGAGUGAAACAGAGACAUAGUUAAUGCAGUUUAGUUCUGUGUGUGAGCAGGAUAUAGUUGAGUUGUAGAGGUCUUUUACUUUAUUUCACUGAUUAUAUCCAUUUCAGAUUCAAGUAUGUCAUCCUGUCUGACAAACACUUUAUUCACCAUCAUUUUGGCUUUGUUCUGAUAACAUGUUUAAUGGUAAUGUUAUCUUAGAUGAAUAGUAUUGUUUCCUGUCUUUCAUCUUUAGAGCUUAAUAAUUUGUCUAAAAUUACGAAAAAUAAAAGCAUACUGACAAG